AUGCUGUCGUCGAUCGCUCUCCCGCUGAUUGUGCUUUGCACAGGCUCCGAUGCGAGCCAGGUGGGGGACGUGGAGGGCGUGGAGGCCACCCCACCUGCCCCGGAAGGGGCACGCUUCCGGCUGCGCCCGCUCCUCCUCGCCGUGCCGAAUCCACACGCGAACCCACGCGACCGGCCGGGCACCUGGAACGGCCAAUCGGGGCAGGACAGGACCGUCCAUGCCCUGAUGCCGUCAGAUGGGAUGGGCAAUCGCCACCGAUUCUUCAUCGACUUGGCGGCGAACGAAUGGCGAAGGAACUCCAACACGCGUGCGCUUGAGCGCGACUACAACUGGGAGGGCCUGUGCAUCGAGGCUAACCCCUCGCUGCACGCGAGCCUCCUUUCUCAGAGAAACUGCACCGUCGUCGGAGCCGCCGUUGCGAGCACUGAGGAAAUGGUGCGCUUCACCCCUCGAGGGGUGUAUGGUGGAAUCGUCGGUAAGGGCAUGCGCAACUCCAAGGCGCACGAUGAGGACGUGAUUGAGAUGAGGACAGUGCCGUUUUGGCGCAUCCUCGAGCAGACAAAGGCACCGAAGACGAUCGACUACAUGUCGCUCGAUGUUGAGGCGCGAGCUCCUCCACCCCCAGACCGCACCCUCAGGAGCCGCAUCCUUGCCCUCACCCUUUCCCUUUGCCAAUUUCAGGGGGCGGAGAGUCUCGUGAUGUCCUCGUUCCCAUGGGAUGCGUACUCCAUCUCCGUGCUCACCGUCGAAAAUCCCAAGGAGGACCUCGUCCAGGCACUCGAGGCGCACGGCUACGUGUGGCAGUGCAACCACGGCCAUUACGGCGACGAGAUGUGGCUCUCGCGGAGGGCCCUCGAGUUCAAGCACGUCCAGCGGGCGCUUGCGCGGGGCAUCCAUAACUGCACUCACGACCCCAACAACGGCAAGCGGGUCCAGAGGAAGUGCGAUUGCGUGCCGCCGCCGGAGCCCUAA